UUUUAUUUUCCUUAAACCCUCCAAAUUUUCUUGUCGUCCAAGCACGUUCGCUCCCCUCAAAAACCCCCCACCGUCUCUUCCGAUUCCGACACCGCCCGUUCCCCAGAAAGCUCGCAGCUUUGUACUUCAAUCGGAGCCGGCGAAAUGCUGCUGUCGAGGAUUCUGUCCCGCGCUUCCCGGAGCGCGAGCCGGGCCGCCUCCCUCCUGUCAUCUCCUCCGGCCCAGGCGCAUCCCCCGCCGCUCGUCUCCGAACGGCGCCGGGCGCUUGCGUGCGGUUCUCCGAGCAAGGUGGUGCCCUCAAAUCAGUUCGCCUUCCAUGCUACUCCAUUUCAGCGGUAUGGAAUCUCAUCAUCUGCUUCUCCUGAGCAUAUAGAGACGGUAUCAAAUUCCGAGGCCACAAAAGCAAGUGGAAAUGCUGAAGAUUCGAAUCAGUCAGGAGAUAGGAGUGCUGGAGAGUUGGCCCCUGAAGCUAAUAAGACGAGGAGAAAAGCUCCAAAAAGGACAGCCUUUUCAGAUUCAGAAUCGGAGGGUGAGAAGGAACUAUCUAUGGAUGACUUGGCAAAACUUGUGGCAGAGAAGGAAGAACUUCUGAAGUCGAAGCACAAAGAGAUUGAAAAAAUGCAAGAUAAAGUCCUUCGAAGUUAUGCUGAGAUGGAGAAUGUGAUGGACAGAACCAGGCGGCAAGCUGAGAAUUCCAAGAAAUACGCUGUACAGAAUUUCGCUAAAAGUUUAUUGGACGUUGCAGACAAUUUGGGGAGAGCAUCCUCGGUUGUCAAAGAAAGCUUCUCUAAGAUUGAUUCAAAGGAUAGUGACGGAGCAGCGCCUCUCCUAAAAACACUUCUAGAAGGGGUUGACAUGACGGAGAAGCAGCUUGUUGAGGUAUUUAAGAAACAUGGCAUAGAAAAAUAUGAUCCUACAAAUGAGCCGUUUGAUCCACAUAGGCAUAAUGCAGUAUUCCAGAUGCCAGACAGUUCUAAGCCCCCAGGCACUGUUGCUGUUGUGCUAAAGGCUGGUUACAUGCUCUACGACCGAGUUCUUCGUCCUGCAGAGGUCGGUGUGACUCAAGCGGUGGAAAAUGAUGCAACCGAGGCCAAUACAGCUGAGAAAGGCUCUUAAGCUGCUGCAAUUGGGGUUUGUAGUUUAACAGGGAGCCCUUAUCAAUGUGGAGACACUUAAUUACAUCAUAUCUGGAGCUUUCUCCUGAUCGUUAGAGGAGAACUAACUUAUAGGAUGAUCUUGAAUACAGCGCAGAGGACGUCGAUUCAUCUUUUCCGGUUUACUUGUGGGAUUACAUAUUUCACUUUGGAUAUGUACAAGGAUAUGAUGGCACUUUCAUGCCUUAAAGUUUUGAUCCUUGUUCGGUCAAUAAUCAAAUUACGAUGUGUUCCAAGUGUGCUUGUGAUGUAUCGUCUUGAAGGUUAAUAGGAAAAGAAUCGUCUAUGGACCCAAACGGAGAAGAAGGAAACCGUAAAAUGUAGCUUUGCUUUACUGGGUGGUCGGUCAUCGAUCUGUAGGUAACAGAUAAUGACUCGUCCUCCUCUCUCAUUUA